AUGUCUCAAAAUACCAUCACUGUUACCCUGUCUCAGAUCGCCAAAAUGAUCGACCACUCCCUCCUGCACCCAACAAUGACAGAUGAAGACGUCCUGUCAGGUCUCAAGAUUGCCAAAUAUAACCAUGUUGCGACCGCCUGCGUCAAGCCGUAUCAUAUUCCUCUCGCCAGAAAAGAGCUAGCCGGUACCGACGUCGCCAUCUGCCCUGUCAUCGGAUUCCCACACGGCAACAGCACGACCGAGAUCAAAGUUUUCGAAGCCAUCGCCGCCACAGAGGCAGGCGGCGUGGAAAUCGACAUGGUGGUUAACGUUGGAAAGGUUCUUGGCGGUGACUGGGAGUACGUGACCCACGAAAUCGAUGCCAUAAAUCAAGCCGUCGUCACCCGUGGCGCUAUCUUGAAAGUCAUCUUCGAGAACGACUACCUCAAGUCUGAGCACAUUGUUCGGCUUUGCGAGAUCUGCACCAAGCUGAAGGUUGCCUUUGUCAAGACCUCUACCGGUUACGGCUUUGUGAAGCAGAACGAUGGCUCGUAUAAUUACCUUGGUGCGACGGUGAGGGACCUCAAGCUUAUGCGGGAACACUCUGGUCCUGAGGUUCAAAUUAAGGCGGCGGGUGGUGUUCGCACUCUUGAUGAUUUGCUUCAUGUUAUGAGCAUCGGUGUCACUCGCAUCGGCGCGACGGCUACCGUUGCGAUUUUGGAAGAUGCUAAGAGCAGAGGGAUUGGCCAGGAACCUGUGACUGUGUCAUUCAAGCCUAUUGUUGAGAAGGCGGGUGGAUACUAG